AUGGCUGACGAGGUUUACGAAGGUGCCAUUGGCAUCGAUCUUGGCACAACCUACUCUUGCGUUGCCAACUAUGAAGGCACCAAUGUUGAGAUCAUCGCCAACGAGCAGGGUAGCUACACAACCCCCUCUUUCGUUUCUUUCACCGACAAGGAACGUCUGAUCGGUGAGGCCGCCAAGAACCAGGCCGCCAUGAACCCCGAGAACACUAUCUUCGAUAUCAAGCGUCUUAUUGGUCGUCGGUCUGAGGAUCCUAUUGUUAAGAAGGAUAUCGAGUCGUGGCCUUUCAAGGUUGUCGACCAGGGUGGCAACCCUGCCGUUGAGGUCGAGUACCUUGGCGAGAGAAAGACUUUCACUCCUCAGGAAAUCUCCUCCAUGGUCCUGAUGAAGAUGAAGGAAGUCGCCGAGACCAAGCUCGGAAAGAAGGUUGAGAAGGCCGUUAUCACGGUUCCUGCCUACUUCAACGACAACCAACGUCAGGCUACCAAGGAUGCUGGUGCUAUUGCUGGCCUGAAUGUCCUCCGUAUCAUCAACGAGCCCACUGCUGCUGCUAUCGCUUAUGGUCUUGGCUCUGGCAAGUCUGAGAAGGAGCGCAAUGUCCUCAUCUACGAUCUGGGUGGUGGUACUUUCGAUGUGUCCCUUCUCAACAUCCAGGGAGGUGUCUUCACCGUCAAGGCCACUGCUGGAGAUACCCACCUUGGUGGACAGGACUUCGACACUAACCUCUUGGACUUCUUCAAGAAGGAAUUUCAGCGUAAGACUGGAAAGGACCUGUCUGGUGACCCUAGAGCCCUCCGCCGCCUGAGAACCGCCUGUGAGCGUGCUAAGCGCACUCUGUCCAAUGCCACCCAGACCACAGUUGAGAUCGAUUCUCUGUUCGAUGGCGAGGACUUCAACUCCUCCAUUACUCGUGCCCGUUUCGAAGAUCUCAACGCCAAGUCCUUCUCCGGUACCCUUGAGCCUGUUCAGCAGGUCCUGAAGGACUCCGGUCUUGAGAAGAGCCAGGUUGACGAGAUCGUGCUCGUCGGUGGUUCUACCCGUAUCCCCCGUAUUCAGAAGCUUCUCAGCGAUUUCUUCGAUGGCAAGAAGCUGGAGAAGAGCAUUAACCCCGAUGAGGCUGUUGCCUACGGUGCUGCCGUGCAAGCUGGAAUUCUGUCUGGAAAGGCUACUUCUGCCGAGACUCAGGAUCUUUUGCUGCUCGACGUUGUUCCUCUGUCUCUUGGUGUUGCUAUGGAGGGUAACAUCUUCGCCCCCGUCGUUGCCCGUGGCCAGACUGUCCCUACCAUCAAGAAGCGCACUUUUACAACCGUCGUUGACAACCAAACCACCGUCCAGUUCCCCGUUUACCAGGGUGAGCGUACUAACUGUGCUGACAAUACCUCCUUGGGCGAGUUCACCUUGGCACCCAUCCCUCCCAUGAGAGCUGGUGAAGCUGCCCUUGAGGUUGUCUUCGAGGUUGAUGUCAACGGUAUCCUUAAGGUCACUGCUACUGAGAAGUCGUCUGGCCGUACUGCCAACAUCACUAUCUCUAACGCUGUUGGCAAGCUUUCUACCACUGAAAUUGAGCAGAUGAUUGAUGAUGCUGCCAAGUUCAAGUCUAGCGACGAGGCCUUCACCAAGAAGUUUGAGUCUCGCCAACAGCUUGAGUCCUACAUCUCUCGCGUUGAGGAAAUUGUCUCCGACCCCACCAUGUCUCUUAAGCUCAAGCGUGGCAACAAGGAGAAGAUCGAAUCCGCUCUCAGCGAUGCCAUGGCUCAGCUUGAAAUUGAGGAUUCCACCCCCGAGGACUUGAAGAAGAAGGAGCUUGCUCUCAAGAGACUCAUCACCAAGGCUAUGGCUACUCCACUUUCGGCGUCUUCAACGCAGGACUGUUGCACUCUGACCCUAAAGAGAGCUUCGCUGCUACUCAUGCCAAUACCGGAAUAUCGCAGUUUUUCCAACUCAACUUCACUUCACAAGAAGAAGGAUAAAUCAAGAUCAUCUUCCAGCGCAGCGGCCGAAGAUAGAGCCCCUAAAGACUCACUAGCUUCUGGUGACCCUUACGACCUGUCCCAGCUCCAUGAUGGCAUUUCUGCUGCUUUGUCCAGCUUGAAAGAUGAUCUCUCCAAACUCCGUGGCGGUGGGCGGUUUGAUAUAGAUGCUAUCGAGAGCCUGCGGGUGCAGCUCAGCAAAGCGAACAAAGAGACAUUGAGACUCGGAGACUUAGCCCAGGUCAUACCGAAAGGCGGACGGAUGGUCACAGUCUUGGCUGCGGAAGAAGAUCACGUUAAAUCAAUUAUCUCUGCAAUCAUUUCCUCCAAUUUAUCUUUGACCCCUCAAGCCGAUCCUCACAAUGCUCUCCAGCUCAAUGUUCCCAUCCCACCACCCACGAAAGAAUCCCGGGAGCAGGCAGUUAUCAUGGCUAAGAAAGCGAUGGAGAAAGCGGUUACGGCAGUGCGGGAUUCGAGAGGCGGCGUACACAAACGACUCCAAGACAUGCAGAAAAAGAAGGCUGCUAGACCGGAUGAUGUCCGAAAGGCACAGGAACAAAUGGAAAAACUCUCAGAAAAGGGGCAGAAAGAUGUGAAAGAACUAUUUGAAACGGCGAAGAAGGCCAUGGAGAGAGCGUAA